AUGGCGGAGAAUCCCACUGCAUGUUGGGACUCCUGGGUCAGAGAGGCUCUCGCCACCCUUCACUCCCUCAAAGUCCUCCGAUCUCUCAGACCCAUUUGCCUCCGCGACAGCUCUCUUCAAUUUGGCCUCCAUGACGCUGCCUUUCAGGUGUUUGAUGAAAUGCAGUACUGGGACCGCUCCUCUGUUGAAGUAGAAAUUUCGGAGAACACGUUUAGUAGAUGGAUGCAUGACACCCCAAGCGCUGGUGAUGAGAUUGUUUGUAGUGCAGCUGGCGGGGAUGACGAAGCAGGGGCAUCUUAUGAAAAGUUUAAGAAAUUAAUUUUGUUUUCUGGAAAUGAUUAUCUAGGCCUGAGUUCCCAUCCUACUAUUGGAAAGGCUGUUGCAAAGGCAGCCCUGGAACAUGGAAUGGGACCGAGGGGUUCUGCUCUUAUUUGUGGUUAUACCAAUUAUCAUAGGCUACUUGAGUUGAGCCUGGCAGACUUGAAAAAGAAAGAGGAUUGCCUUCUUUGUCCCACAGGGUUUGCUGCCAAUAUGGCCGUGAUGAUAGCUAUAGGAAGUAUUGGUACUCUCUUAGCUGGGAAUAGAAUACCUUCAGAGGAUGAAAAGAUCGCUGUCUUUUCUGAUGCAUUAAAUCAUGCAUCAAUAAUUGAUGGCAUUCGUCUUGCUGAGCGGCAAAAAAGUGUAAAGGUGUAUAUAUAUAGACAUUGUGACAUGUCCCACCUCAAUAAGCUAUUAUCUAAUUGCAGAAUGAGGAAGAAAGUUGUGGUGACUGACAGCUUGUUUAGCAUGGAUGGAGACUAUGCACCUAUGGUUGAGCUAGCUGACCUUCGCAAGAAGCAUGGCUUUUUGUUAGUCAUUGAUGAUGCUCAUGGAACAUUUGUUUGUGGCGCAAAUGGUGGCGGUGUUGCGGAGGAGUUCAACUGUGAGAAGGACGUUGACAUAUGCAUUGGUACACUAAGUAAAGCUGCUGGCUGCCAUGGAGGAUUUAUCGCAUGCAGCAAAAGGUGGAAAUUAUUAAUACAGUCAAGGGGUCGUUCAUUUAUAUUUUCAACUUCUGCACCAGUUCCAGUUGCUGCUGCUGCUCAUGCUGCGGUUAAAGUGGCAAAACUUGAGACAUGGCGUAGAGAGGCUAUUUGGAACCGGGUGAAAGACUUCCAUUUACUUACAGGGAUCCCUGUUACAAGUCACAUUAUAUCUUUAGUAGUAGGCAGUGAAGACAAAGCACUUCAAGCAAGCCGGUACUUACUGCAAUCUGGCUUCCACGUGACUGCAAUCAGACCACCUACUGUGCCUCCUAAUUCAUGCAGGCUGCGAGUGGCCCUAAGUGCAGUCCACACAAGGCAAGAUCUGGAAAACCUCGCAACUGCACUCUCACGCUGCAUUAAUUUUCAAGACACGCGCAUAUAUGGCUGCAAUGGCUAUGCAAGACUAUAG